ACGUCCAUUACAUCAGUCGGAGCUGAGCUGUCGAGCGGGCCGGUGGCGUUCCUCUCUCGCUGUCGCGGGCUGUCCCCCCAGGCUCUAUGGUCGACUCGCCCGAGUGCGAAGGGAGAGGUGCGGAGUUUGAACGCGGGCACGUUGCAAAGUUCGUCUCGCGGAGCGAGAUUGAAAGCGAGAGGAGCCGGAAUUCGCCUCGCGCGAGGGGCCACUGGCGCACGGAGGAGAAUGGACGUUCGAUAACAGGAGUCCUGACUCUCGACAAGAUCGAGGCCCGCAACACUCGCCGCCUCUUCCUCUUCUUCCUGUAAACUAUUUCCAACGUCGAGAUGGGAGCCGUCGUUUUUACAUGAUGACCAAACGAUGCAAAACAUUCCGUCUUAUUAGCAUACAUUAAUUUAUCAGUGCCAGAGUAGCAGCCUUAAUGCCACAAAUAUGUUCCUAAUUUGAUCGUCGUUUGAUAUAAGGUGGAAAAAAUAGGCAAAACAAUGACUGACAAGAGCAAAAAAUUAUCACGCUGGUACUUCGGUGGUGUUUCUUCUGCAGCUGCUGCAUGCGUGACCCAUCCUCUGGAUUUACUGAAGGUUCACUUGCAAACUCAACAGGAAGGCAAGCUGUCGAUAGUACAUUCUACUGUCGGAAUAAUUAGGAAACAGGGAAUAUUAGCUUUGUACAAUGGACUCAGUGCUUCCUUACUUCGCCAACUUACAUAUUCUACAAUAAGAUUCGGCGCAUACGAAGUCGGCAAACAGACGCUCGAGUCGUCUGGUCCAUUACCCUUUUACCAAAACCUGCUGCUAGCUGGAGUUUCGGGUAUCACGGGUGGUGUUUUCGGGACUCCCGGUGAUGUGAUUAAUGUACGCAUGCAGAAUGAUAUCAAAGUAGCGCCAGAGCUAAGGAGAAACUAUAAACACGCACUGGAUGGACUGCUCCGUGUAAUCCAGCAAGAAGGGGUCCGCCAAUUGUUCAGUGGAUGCUCGACCGCGACCAUGAGAGCAGCGCUGAUGACCAUUGGACAAUUGAGCUUUUACGAUCAGAUUAAAAUGACGCUGCUGCAAACUGGCUAUUUUCGGGAUAAUCCUUUGACGCACGUUCUAUCCAGUGUAGCGGCAGGCGCUAUUGCGACAACGCUUACGCAACCUUUAGAUGUAUUGAAGACACGAGCAAUGAACGCUAAGCCUGGAGAAUAUAAGAAUCUAAUGGAAAUCUUCCUGUAUACUGCCAAACUCGGUCCACUGGCUUUCUUUAAAGGCUACGUACCUGCAUUUAUCCGGUUAGCACCGCAAACCAUCCUCACAUUUGUAUUCCUCGAACAACUUAGAUACAAUUUUGGAUUCUAUCCACAAUCCGUGAAGCCAUCGUUAUAAAUGUUGAAAUAGUUUUGAUAAGCGGAACUUUUGUAAGAUUGAAACGGGUUCCUUUCGUGGCAGAUUGUGCGGAAACAAUCGGAUAGUGUCAAACCUUACCACAUAAGUGGCCACGUAAUAUGAGAAACUGGCAGGUGUAAACGUUUACAGCGAAUACAUUCAAUUAUUCAGUCGCACACAGUUCGGUUUAAUGAUAGAGCUUUAAGUAGAAAUUAAUUAUUACAUUUCUCUCUAGAGAUGUUUCAGUCAAAAAUCCUGUUGCAAUCGAUACAUUCCUUAUAUUUAUUGUGAUGUAUAUUUACGUUCAUACAAAAAUACAUAUUUUAAAGUAUAUUAUUUUAUGUAUAUAUAAAAAAACAGCACAGAUUUAUACUUGUAUUAAAUUAUCUUUUACACAUAUAUAAAGUGACUCGGAUAGCAUUCAUGUCUAAAAGAUAUCCUUGAGACGGCAUUUAAUUGUUUUUUAGACGUGCACGCUUAAAAGGUGUCUUAAAGAUAUCUUUAUGUCUUUUAGACACGCAUUGCUAUCUGGGUGAUGUUUAAGUACAAAGAACGAAAGGGUAUAUUUACUUAAAAAAAAGCCAGCUUUUAUAAAUCUAUCUUUUUUAAGGCCUUGUAUACUUCAAGUUAUUCCACUUAUGCUGUAUUAUACCAAUUACCAAUGAAAUGUAUAGUACAAUUCGUAAAAGAGCUUUAGCUAAUCGUACAAAAAAAUAUUUUUCUUAAUUAUUGAGAUAUGAUGACAAAUAUGCUUGUUUUAGCAGUAUGAAUAGUUUGCUAUUGAAAAUGUAAGUUAUUUUUAUGAUGAAAAUAUUGUAAUGACUUUUUUAAAUUUCUGCAUACCUGUAUGGGUUAUGAGUGAAAAUAUAAAAUGUAUUCCAAGUCCAAUACGAGUAAAAUAAAUGUUAUAGAA